UGAGAUAGGAGUUGGAAUUGAAGAUGUGGUUGAGCUUGAGCAGCAGCAGCCCUAUAGAACUGGCUAUCAUUUUCAACCCCCAAACAACUGGAUGAACGAUCCUAAUGGACCAAUGUAUUACAAGGGAGUAUACCACUUGUUCUAUCAAUAUAAUCCACAAGGUCCGGUAUGGGGUGGUGAUAUAGCAUGGGCACAUUCAAUAUCACACAACCUCAUCGAUUGGAUUCACCUCGACAUAGCCUUGAGCCCCACUGAUCCACAACUCGACAUCAGAGGUUGCUGGUCCGGUUCCACCACCCACCUUCCAAACCACAACUUAGCCAUUUUAUACACCGGACGUGACUCUAAAGAACACCAAUUCCAACACCUGGCCACACCCAAAGACCUCAACGAUCCUUUUCUUAGGGAAUGGACCAAAUCUCCCCUCAACCCUUUGAUGACUCCAAUCAAUGGCAUCAACCCACUUGAGUUUCGAGACCCGUCAACCGCUUGGCGGGGCCUCGACGGCGUUUGGCGAGUGGUGGUCGGAGCCCAGGUCGAUGGAAAAUGGAAAGCUCUUCUGUACACGAGUAAGGACUUUGAGCACUGGACCAAGUCUGAUAAGACUGCAUUUUACUUGUUUGAUAAUGAUUUAGUGGUUGAGUGUAUUGAUUUUUUCCCGGUGGGAAUCAACGGCUCAGAUGGUGAUAAUCAUUACUUGAAUGAAGAUCAGUAUGAGAAGAAGUUUGCUAUGAAAGUGAGCUUCCAAGCCAAUAAGCGCGAUUGUUAUGUGCUAGGGCAAUAUUCUCCUGAAAUAGAUGAGUUUAGGGCUGAGAGUGAGUUUAUGGACAAAGGUUGUGAUUUGAGAUUGGAUUAUGGCAAGUUUUAUGCUUCGAAAUCGUUCUAUGACUCUGAGAAGAGGAGGAGAGUAGUGUGGGGUUGGGUCAUGGAGUCUGAUCAUGAUGUUGAUGCUCAUAUCAGAGGCUGGUCUGGUCUUCAGUCAUUUCCUAGAACAAUUGUUCUUAGUGAAUCCGGGAGGCAAUUGAUACAAUGGCCCAUAAAAGAGAUAGAGGCACUAAGAGGUGAUAAUGUUAAUUUCCAAAACAAAGAGCUUCAUGGUGACUCGGUCCUUGAAAUUCCUGGUGUCACGGCUUCACAGGCAGAUGUGGAGGUUUCAUUUGAAUUUGAAGUAGCUGAAUUAGAAGAGGCUGAGCCAAUGGACCCAAGUUGGGUUGAUCCUCAACUACUUUGUAAUGAGAAAAAUGCAAGUGUAAAAGGCACAUUUGGACCCUUUGGUUUGAAGGUUUUGGCUUUGGAUGACUUGUCAGAACAAACUUCAAUCUUCUUUCGCAUAUUCAAAACCAAUAUUGACACUGAGAAGUAUAAAGUUCUAAUGUGUAGUGACCAAAGCAGGUCUUCAUUGAAAAAUGGGGUUGACAAACACAUAUAUGGGACUUUCCUAGACUUGGAUCCUUGUCAAGAGAAAAUAACACUGAGAACCUUGAUUGAUCAUUCAAUUGUUGAGAGUUUUGGUGGAGAAGGAAGAAGUUGUAUUACUGCAAGAGUUUAUCCAAAAUUGGCAGUUAACAAAGCAUCUCAUUUAUAUGCAUUCAACUAUGGAACAAAGAGUGUUAAGAUCUCAGAGCUUAAUGCUUGGAGUAUGAGAAAUGCUCAAUUUGAAUCAAGCAUUGGUGAAGAAAACCACUAAUUGGUUUAAUUAAGUUAAUCUUACAAAAUUUCAAAUGUUGGGAUUGUUUAGUUUGUGUUUGUCUUCCCAUGACUCUUUUUCAAUUUUUAAUACCAAUAAGUGAUUU